UCAAUGCAACCCGAUCCAAAGGUCAAAAAAUAUAUCGUCGAGGUUUACUCCUGGGGCGUAGCUUGGUAAAGAAGCGAAAUAAAAUUUGAUUACACUGUUGUGGGCAAUAUUGUGGAAAAUUGACAAGGUAAGAGAAGAUCAUGGCUACAAAAGGCAUACCAAGAGUGUUUGUAGUUGGGGCAGGAGUAACAAAAUUUGAAAGACCAUUGACAAAAGAUUGGGAUUAUCCAGAUAUGGGCAAAGAAGCUGGUUCAGCUGCCUUGAAGGAUGCUGGUCUCACAUAUGAUAAAAUACAGUCUGUUGUAGCAAGCUAUUGUUACGGAGAACCAACUUGUGGUCAGAGAGCUGUGUACCAGCUGGGACUGAGUGGAAUACCGGUGUACAAUGUAAAUAACAACUGUUCCUCAGGCUCUACAGCCCUGAUGAUGGCUCGUAGACUGAUCCAGAGUGGUGUUGAAAACUGUGUACUUGCUUUAGGGUUUGAAAAGAUGGAGAAGGGUUUAUCAGAGCGCUACACAGACAAAGCUUCCCCAGUGGCUGUACAUAUGGAUCACAUGGUAAAAAUAGGAGCAAAACCUGGACUGAUCCAACCUCGCAUGAACAACAUGACAUCUGAUGUUGUGAAGUUGUAUGCAUAUGCAGCCAGAGAAUAUAUGAAUAAAUAUCCACAAGCUAAACUUUCAGACUUUGUUGAAAUUGCAUUUAAGAACCAUAAACAGAGUGUAAAUAACCCAAAAGCAUCUAUAUCAAAGGAGAUAUCGAGGGAAGAUAUUGCAGGUAAACUGAUGUUAUGUGAACCAAUAACAUUCUGGAUGUCAGCACCUGUAGCUGAUGGUGGAGCUGCUGCCAUUGUGUGCAGUGAACAGUUUAUGAUAAAAAAUAAUCUUCAGAACAGGGCAGUUGAGAUUGUAGCUCAAAGUAUGGUCACUGACAUGCCUUCAUCCUUUGGUAAAAGUUUCAUGGAUCUGUCAGGUGCAGGUAUGGCUAAGGAAGCAGCACGUCGAUGUUAUGAUGAAAGUGGUAUGACGUCCUCUGAUGUCGAUGUUUUAGAGGUGCAUGACUGUUUCUCAUGUAAUGAGAUGUUUAUGUAUGAAGCAAUGCAGCUAGCGGAGGAGGGCCGAGCUGUAGACUUGUUACAUUCUGGCAAAUGGCAGAAAAAUAGCAGGGGUGGGGAACAAUUUGUACUGGGAGGUAGAUGGGUGGUUAAUCCGUCUGGAGGACUUGAGUCUAAAGGGCAUCCUAUAGGAGCCACAGGACUAGCCCAGUGUGCAGAGUUAGUUUCACAGUUACGAGGGGAGAGUGAGAGGCGGCAGGUGGAUGGGGCACGUGUCGCACUUCAGCACAAUUUUGGCAUUGGUGGAGCAGCAGUUGUCACCAUGUAUAAAAAGUUUGAAUCUAGAGCAAAUGUUGCUCAUGCCAGACUUUGAACGAUGGAGUUAUUUUUUAAAAGAAAAUAUAGACUUGACAUAUCAGUAUCAGUAUUUGGUGCGUAAACUACAUGUAAUGUAACCAGAAUUACUUGUUUAUAGACAUAGACAUAUCCUUUCAACAGUACACCUGUAACAAUGAGGACAUUUUUAUCUCCAUCAAGACUUACAGAUUAGAUCAUUUAAAGUAUUUUGUUGUGUCUGUUGUACAGUAACUUUGUUAUUGUAAGAUUCAAUCUGUUUAAAAGUCAUUAUUUAAACAGUUUUACUUGUAUUUGACAUCCAUUCUGUCUGGAAGUUAUAAAGGAAUUUAGGUGUUAAGGGACUAAAUGUUGUUAACUUUUUAUGUUUAAGUUGUAAUAUAUGUUAUUGCAUAAUAGAAAUAAGGAUUAGUGUAAAUAGUUUUUAAGGUGGUCAGUCAAAUAUAAGCAACCUUUUAUGACAUUUUUUUUACUUUUUAAAUACAUGGAUUCUGUUAGGAACAAAAGAUCCAUAAUAUAUACUUUAAUCUCUAUUUUAAAUGUACAUAUAUAUUUUAUUGAUUUAUAAAAAUUACACCCCCCGCCUUUAAUAUGAAAAUAUUUAAAAAUUUUGAUAUCUAGUUUUACAUUUCCAUUGAUAGACCUUUGGGUAUUUCAACAAUCUGAACCAAAAGGUAAGUUUUAAAACUGUGUGUAGAUUUAGAAUAAUUUUAUUUCCUGUCUAUUUUGGUUGCGCAGCCAAGGUAGGCAAAGGGAGAUACUAGUAAUUUUACAAAUAUGUAUUUCUAAUUAAUUUUAAGCUAAAUGUAUAGUUGUAAAUAAAACAGUUUUACAAUAAAAUACAAUAGUUCCUAUAUUCAUAUCAUUCCCAAGGCUAAUAUUUGUCAUAUUCAUACUUAUGCUGUAAUAACUGUCUUGGUUUGGCAUCAAGGAUAGGAAAAUCAAAUUUUAACUAGAUGUGUGUCAAGAUGACACUGGUCCCCCACAACAUAAAAGAGUAAAAAAAAAUCUCCUUUUUUUCUGAUUGGCAGAGGCGGUGGGGGGAGGGGAAAAGGGGGCGGGGUAAAUUCCUAAUUCCAGGUGCACAAUUUAUGCUGAACAACAUACCUAAAAGAGUUUUGUGGCUUCAGGUCAAAUAUUUCUUGAAAUACAUGCGACACGCUUUUAGGCCCUUAAUGCAUAUUUUUAGCUCACCUGAGCCAAAGGCCCAGGGUGAGCUAUUGUGAUCGCUCACCGUCCGGCAUCCGUCUGUCGUCCGUCCGUCCACACUUUCCUUUAAACAACAUCUCCUCCUAAAACACCAAGCCAAUUUUGAUGAAACUUCACAGGGAUGAUCCUUGGAUGGUCUUCUUUAAAAAAAUUUCAAAGAACUGAAUUCCAUGCAGAACUCUGGUUGCAAUGGCAACCAAAAGGAAAAACUUCAAAAAUCUUCUUGUCCAAAACCACAAGGCCUCGGGCUUUGAUAUUGGGUAUGUAGCAUCAUCUAGUGGGCCUCUACCAAGAUUUUUCAAAUUAUCCCCCUAGGGUCAAAUAUGGCCCCACCCCGGGGGUCACAUGGUAUAUAUAGACUUAUUUAGGGGAAAACUUUGAAAAUCUUCUUGUCCAAAACCAUAAGGCCUAGGGCUUUGAUAUUUAGUGAAAAGAGGCCCCGCCCCAGGGAUCACUUGAUAUAUGAGUUAUAUAGGAAAAAUACAUAAAAAAAUAUCAGAUCAUAUUUCCUAGACUGUUUAAUUAUAUUUACCGGAUGACCCCAAGCGAUAAGGGGUCACCUGACUGUGUCCUUGACCUACUGACUGUUUUUUAAGUUACAGCUUUGAAAUUUGGAUGACAUGUACAGUUUUGCACACCAGUCUUAAAACUGACUUUCAGUGACCAUGAAUAUGACCUACUGACCUACUUUCUUGUUUUUUAAGCUUAACUCAGGUGAGCGAUAUUGGGCCAUCAUGGCCCUCUUGUUUACUUAAGCCAAGGGCCAUAAUUCUGGUCUUGCAGAGUGGAAUUCCACACAAUACUUGGGAUGCAAAACUUCGUGCUAAAUAACAAUCCUAUAAUGUUCAUUGACUCUUUUUAGCUCACCUGAGCAUGAAGUGCUCAAGGUGAGGUAUUGUGAUCACGCUGUGUCCAUUGUCCAUGUGUCAAGUCAUCCGUCAUCAACAUUUGUGUUUAAACAACAUCUCCUCCAAAACCACUGAAUGGAUUUUGAUGAAACUUGGCCAUGAUGUUCCUUGGGUGGUCCUCUACCAAAGUUAUUCAAACAGUUCCACUUGGUUGCACAUAGGGGCUGCCAGAGCUAAAAAUAGAAAAAUUUUCAAACAACAUCUCCUAAACUGAUGGUCCGAUUUUGAAAUAAUUUCACACAAAUGGUCCUUAUGCUACCCUCUACCAAGAUUGUUCAAAUUAUACCGAUUCGUCAAAAAACGUGGCCGCCAGAGGGCAUGGUCACUUUUCCUUGUAUGUAUAUAGUUGAAACUUUAAAAAUCUUCUUGUGUGAAACUGUUAGGCUGGUUUUAAAAUAAUUUUACACAAAUGGUCCUUGUGUGCCCCUCUACCAAGAUUUUUCAAAUCAUUUUGAUUAGUCAAAAAACAUGGCCAGCAGACCUUCAUUCAAUUCAUACUUCAUAACCAAAUUAUAGAAUUGUUAGAACGUUGUAAAAAAGAUGUGUGUUUUGGCUCAGGGUCCCAGAUCAAUCAAGCCUUUUUCAGAUUUCAUGAAUAAACAUUUAAAACCUCACAGCAAUUUUCCUUAUUUCACAUUUAUUUUUAUGAAGUUUUAGUAACCUAACUAAAAGUACUGUUAAUUUUGCUGUAAUAUUCUGUUCUGUUCUAAUAUGCUGUUCUUUAUGAGCUACUGCAGGAAUCAUAGACAAGAUAAUUUGUUUUAUGUUACAUCUCCUUGAUGUUCAUGAAUUUAUAAGGGACACUUUUGCAUCACCUACCUCAAUAUACUAUAAUUGUUCAUGUUAAAUAUAUUAGUGAAUCAUAUUCUCUGUUGAAGUUAAUUGUUUACUAUGUAUGUAUAUUCUCGUUCUGAUUUUGACAAUUAGAUGUUUGAAAUAUCAUGACAGUCUUAAUUAUUUAAUAUUAGAAAUAAAGGACAAAUGAAUUACUGCU